UGUGUCUCUGGUCUUCAUUUCAAAUCACUUCUACUUUCACUGCUCUUUCAAUUCAGUCCUAAAGGAAUUUAAAGUCUAAACACAAUGUUUAAGUUAACCGCUUUGUUGGCUCUGAUCGCCUGUUCAUCGGCUCAAGUGCUCCGAUUCAGUCCACUCACUCUGGGCUCAACCAAUGCGGCUGAGCUGCAGACCAUUCAACUGACUGCACCACAGCGUCUGGCAGUCGGCCGACCGGCCAUUCAGCCCAUUCACGCCAUUAGAGCCGCGCCCGCCAUUCACGCCGCACCCGCCUUCCACGCCGCCCCUCAACCCAUCGCCAUCGCCGCCUCCCCCUUCGCCAGACAAGCCGUUUUGGCCAGACCUGCCAUUCAUCACGCUAUUAACCCCAUUGCCGUCCGCGAGGAGCAUCACGCCCCUGAGCCCUACACCUAUGCGUUCACUUCGGUCGACGAGUUCGGCACUCAACUCGGCCGUCAAGAGCAGGCCGACGGUAGCGGCACUGUCACCGGCUCUUACAGCCUGUCCGACCCCGACGGUCGCCAGAGAGUUGUCGAGUACAUCGCCGACGCCGCCGGCUUCCGGGCCACCGUCCGAACCAACGAACCCGGAACAGCUAACGCCAACCCCGCCGACGUCCAGAUCCACUCAACCGCUCCCAACCGUCGAUAG